GCAACGUCAACAUGUUCAUCGCCAUCUCGCACACACCCGUGCUACCGCCCAACGACUGCAAGGUCGAGCCGGCCAGUUCCUGGAGCCACGAGCACAUCAACGACUUUAGCUUGCCAUCCUUAAGCGGGACGUUGGAAAUGCUGCGCGACGGCCGCAACGUGAGCGCAACGUUCACCAUGUCGCUAACCAUGGGCGUCUUGGAGUACCGCGUGUCGGCGGCAGGCCUGGCAGGCAUCGACGGUACCUGGAACAUCGCCUGCUCGAACAGCGAGCUCGAACCCUUCGAUCAAACGUGCCGCAACCCCCUCACUCGCGGCACAGUGGGGGCGGACGACUUGAUCGUCUACGACUUCAGCAAGAAGAGCAAGACGUGGCGCUCCUUCGAAACCACCGAGAGCAUCAUGGCCAAGGUGCGAAAGUGCUACCAGCUGAUGCGCACGGCUGGAUUCGCCACAUUCGGUUGGGCGAUGUACGACGUCGACCUGGAGGACCACAACAGCGCAUGCGUGAAGAAGGCCCAGAACGAGGCCGGCGUCAACAGGAUCGUGCAGGUCAAGCAGCUGCUGAAGAACAUGGCAGCCAGCAAGGCGCCCGCCGCCUGACUGUACAUGGGCACAGCCCACCUGAGCUUUCCCGUUGCGAAAGCUAUCAAAAAUAUAUCACGAGA